UACAAUUGUGCUAGCUUCAUCCUGCCACAGAAGAGCGACCACGAGACUUGUUUAGAGCAGUCACAAUAAUCAUAGUUUACCUAAAGUUGUCUUUACAUUUUUUAAUCUCUUAGGUCAGUUUGGCAUACCUCGCGACUGAAAAAGUAAUUUAUCUAGUGUGAAAGUGAACUUCUAAAUGCAAAGAAGGCUUCUAAUAGCCCUCGUGCAAACUCCUCCCACUGAGUUGUCCUGGGAAACACUAACAACUGUAACAAAGUGUUUCUGUACGGGGACGUUUGGGUGGAAGACCCGCAGCGCCACUCAUCCAUUUCACUCUACACUACAGGCUUUUUAAAAGGACAUUUGGCCCAGCUCCAAACACUGCGAGGCCAUCCAUCAGGAGGAAGAUUAUGCGUCCAAAAGCUGCUGCUGCUGCUGCUGCUUCUGCUUCUUCGUCUUCUUCACACUGAGCUUCAUCUGCUUGAGGAUUACUUGGACCUUAUCCAACUCAGUGUACGAAUUGCUCCAGUGAAGAUGCUCAGAAUGGCCAGUUCAAACUAAAAGCUUCCUUAAAGUUGGAAAUUGUCCAGGGACAUGAAAGUCAAUCCACAGCAAGCUCCACUGUAUGGGGGGUGUGUUAUCAAGGUGCAGCUCACUGAUGAAGAGCUGGCUGCAGAUGAGGGGGGCGUGGACUACUUCCUGCUGUUUGCUGGCAGCACACAGAGGCAUCUGACCAGCACCCUAAGGAGCAGUAAUGACACCUUGGAGGCGCUGUGUCCUGCUCAUGACUGUUGCGAGGUGGUGUUGGUCACCUUGUGUUCAGUCAGCCGAGGUGUCCCCGAGACUAACGAGGACCUGAAGCCCUGUGUGGGUCGUGUGGCCCCAUUGGCCGAGCAUCGAUUCAGCUUUGUCCAGGAUUUGGCUUUCGACAUGGCCCAGUUCCUGGUGAGCAACAAGACGAAUCCCGUCCAAGUGAGCACGGCGGGCCGGGCUGAUGGCCUCGAUGGGGCACUGCUGCUGGAUGAGUGUCAGAUUCCCCUGCAGGAGUGUGAACGUCUGGAUGAGAGCCUGGCGCUGGCCCUCCACCAUCUUGUGCUGCCUCCAGGAUGGAGCUUACUGGGGAAAGAACUAACCAACAGCACUGACCUGAAACCUCAAGAGACUCUGCUGCAUUUCUCAGCACGUCGAGGUCUUUUCCGGGUUACGCACUUCUUGCUGCAGCAGUCUGGAGCGAGAGAAGCCCUGCGAUUGGCCAACAGACAAGGCCACACCCCCUCUACUGUUGCAGCCCUACGAGGACAUGAACACCUCCUCGAGCUCCUCACACAGGCUCAGACGGACAAAGGGACUGAGACUGUCCAGCUGGUGUCAACGGACGCUCGGGUAGUUUGUCACCUCCCCAGGCUGAACACACACACUCUGACGCUAAGGAUCCCUCCCGGCCACGACCCUCCAAGCCUUCAGAGGAGCGUAGGCCAGCUGCUGCACUUAAUAUGCCAUCUCCAUUCCAAGGGAGUUUGUGUACUGGAGCUGCAGUUUGAUUCUCUGCACACAGCCGCUGAAUGUUGUGAUGGUGUAGAAACGGAGAUAACCUGUCUGGAGCGACUACAGCUGCCUGCUGCAGCAUCAGAGUGCCUGGAUACAACAACAGAAGGGAGCUGGGUGGAAAACUGCUCAGUGGAAAGUCGCAGUAGUUUUGAUUGUGGACAUGGUGAGACUGGGAAUGCAAAUAGAGUCUUGAGUUUGUCUGUGAGUACUCCAACGUCAGACUUACGGCCCCAAGACCCUGGACUCGGCCCCCAAGCGGACUGGGUGUGUCUCAGUUCAAACACUGGGAGAGAUUACUGCCAAACGGAGCAGGAGGGAACGGAGCAGACUAUUGUUUCCACCCAGAGUUUGAGUUUGUGUGACAGAAGUGAAGGAGCACAGAGUGGGGCAGAAGGGGAGAGCCUCACUGUGGGAAUCCUACCACCAGCAGGCUGUGAUAAACAGGCAGAGGAAACUGAUAGAAGAGAGGCUGUGAUCUGGGAAGGACAGGAGGCCACGGAGGGAAAAGACGGAUCAGAGCAGGAAGCAGAGGACAGCACAGCUAGAAGGAGGGAGGAGGAGACCAACUCAGAGUCAACAGAUCCCAUAACGCUCAGUGGAGUCACAAAAGCUUCGAUCAUGGGCCAGUCCCCGUCAUCAGAGGGCUCAGAGGUAUCGGACACCUCUGAUUCUGAAAUGAAGGAGUGUUGUCAGGAAGGAGGGACUAGUGGGCAACUUUGCCAGGAGCUCUGGGACAGACUCUCUUUAGAGGAGGAGAAGGCAAAGAAUGAAGGGUUAACAGACCCAGGGGACCUCCCCAACCCAUCGCUGAUAGACUGCGGUGAUGUAAUCAAGGAGCCUGAAUCUGCUGUUCCACGUCUCUUGAUAGAGAGCCUCCACGAGGGGAAACCUCCAGCAGACAUAAACAACCUGGAACAAAACCAGGAAACAGCUGGUAGGGAUUACGCUACAGAGCAGCAGUGGGGCUUGGCUCCAGAAACUGGCUGUCAUUCUGGGAAUUGUACUGGAACAGUGAGUGGUAAAGAGCUAGGUGGCGAAGACAAAGUCGAACCUUCUGGAUACAAUAUUGAAAGUACCAGUUUUCCUAUGGACGAACCUAACAAUACAGCUGAUAACUCCAUGGAAGAUUUACAACCAGAUCCAUCACCUGAGCCGUCACUUGAAAUGAUGCCCAGCUCCAGCAACAGACAUGCUGAUCAUGAUUCAGGGAUGACCUCUGUCCUCUCCAGUGAUGAUGAUAGCAGUUUCCAAUCAGUCGGAAGCUCCACAACAGAUCUAUUCCACCCCACUCAGGACAAUGCUAGUAUGGAGGAUCAGGACUUGCUUCAAACCAAGAUAGCAGAUAUGUCCUCAACAGGAUUCAAGACAGAGGAUGAUUCAAACCCUGGUGAGGGCAAUGAACAUGCACUAACCGUUGACGCAGGGCUCCCGUUGGAGCCGGGUGCUGUCAGUGCACUGACAGUGACAGACUGCAGCCAGACUUGCACUGAGGCUGAAUCACAACUAUCACCCAUCCUCCAGACAACUGAGGCUUUUAAUCCUGAGGGGAUGAGAGAGAAACUCGCCCCAGAACUUUCCAAAGAGGAUCUGUCAUUAGGUCCGGCCUUGUCAGAGAGCGGGAACGCUCCAAUGAUGAAGGCAGAUGAAGGAGAAACUGGAGAGGCCAUUGACUCUGAACUGAAUGCAGUGAUUGAGCAUUUGACAUCAGAGGUCACCAGUAGGGUUUUAUUUGAACCCGGUUCAUCUGUUGCAGAAGAAAGUGAAGUGAUUGGCACGGUUGAAGGAGACCAUCAGUCAACAGAGACCAGUGAUGAAUCUGCAGUGGCCUCAGCUGAAAAGAGUGGAGACCUGCAAUUGGUGCUACAGCAACCCAACCCAGAUAAUCCAGAGAUGACAGCAGAUGAAAGGUCACCUGAUGAGGGAUCAAGGCACUCCGAGGAUCAGGUCAAUGCAUCUUCAUUAAAAGGUGUCACUCCACUUUCAGAUAGCGCAGAUGUCAAUGCCUUGGAAGUAGAGCCUCCUCGUCCAAACAAUGAAGCAAGCAGUGGACCUGAUGUUGAGAAUGAGUUGACUGAAAAUCCAAUGACUCUUGACGCAGUGGAUGGAGCAUCACAAAGCCACAGCAGUGCAGUUCAAGUUGUAGAAGUCAUCAUGUCUGAAGAAACUGUAAUUGGUGCAGGGCAGGAAGAAAAUGACCCCUCAGAGGAAACCGACUUCUCCAUGAUCCACCGAGACAGAGAGGCGUCGUUCCAUCAGUCCUGCAACACUCAACACUCAGGAUCCUCACAGUCUUCAGCGUUUCCCAGUUUGCCCAGUAGAACCAGCAGUGCCACCGGCUGUCCCUCCACAGCUCACAGGGACUCUGGCAGUGACAUCGAAAGCUUCCUGAAUGUGGAGCCAGGAUAUGACAGUGUCUUCAGAAAGAACGAUGAACCAGUGACAGGAGGAGACAGUGCCAGCGAGGUUUCCGUCUCCUGUUCCUCGGCAGACGACACCGCCAGUGUCGGUCUGUCCAGCUCUAGUCCCGAGUGCAGCCAGGGCCUGGAAUGCAGCUGGAGCCCAGAGGAGAGCAUCCAGACUGGGGCUACUAUCACUGCAGGACUGGACAGUGGUGGUGGUGGUGGUGGUGGAGGAGCAGGAGAAGCUGAAGAAGAAGCCAAAGACAGAGUGACAGAGGUGCCGCGGCGCUCCUGUCUACUCCGGAACAGUAUCCGCUCGCUGUCGCCUCUUCGCCGCCACAGCUGGGGGCCUGGAAAGAACAACGGGGGAGAAGCAGAGAUGAACCACAGGAGCUCUGCCCAAAACCCUGGUGAGAGGAAGCCGACCUUUCACAGGAGAAGCUACAGCUUGGAGGGGCUCAGUGGGGCCCAGGAGGAGCUGAGGAGCCCCACCACUCAGGGGCCCCGAAUCCUGGAGCCUUCAAGGAUGCGCCGGCAUGACAGCGAUGACAGGGGCUCCCUGGUUUCUCUGACAGAGGAGCAGGAGGAGCUGGGGGAUCAUGGCAGACUACAUGACCCGAAAUCAAGGCGGUAUCGCCCUCUGCGAAACAGCUGUCCUCCCUUGACCCUGCCCCUCACCAAGUCUGUAUCCAUGCUCGCCAUCAGCCACAGAGACCUUGAUGGUAUGAGGUCGUUUUCCAGCGCCUCUGGGUCCCUAGCAUACAGUAUAUCAGAGGAGGAGCCUGGCCCUCUGCGGAGCGACACUGAGGGAAAGAGUGUGACCAAAGUCAGUCGCACCUUCAGCUACCUCAAGAACAAGAUGUACAAAAAGACCAGGGAAAAGGAUCGAGAGAAAAGGGAGAAAGAGAAGGAGGGCAAGGAGAAGGACAAGAAGGCCAAGAAUGGUCAUAUGUUCACACCAGUGGGCUCGGGGGGCCAGGCAGCCCAGUGCUUCCAGUGCAAUAAGGCUUUCAACACCAAGGAGGCUUUUUAUUGCUCACACUGCAAUGCUUCCGUCCACAAGAGCUGCAGGGACAGCCUGCCUGUUUGUGCCAAGGUGAAAAUGAAGUUGCCCAAACAGCAGUUUGCAGUACCAGAUUCAAGCUCUUUUCCUACAGUCACGUUGAGGAACAAAUCUGGUGGGACAAGGGAGCGUCCCUGGUCUGCCAUCUUGUCCCCCGAAGACCAUUCUUCCCUGAUGAUCCCAUCACGGAGACACACCAGCAUCAUGGCUUUCCAUGGCAACAACCUCUCCAAGAGUCUCUCCAUAAGCAACAUCGCUGGUCCGGUGUUUGACGACAUGCCCAUUAAAGGCCUGCGGUAUCUCUCCCAGUCUACUGACUCUCUCAACAGAACCAACCAGGUCACAGAGUCCAUGGAAUCGCUCACCGAUGAAGGGACGGAGAUGAUGGACGGCCAGCUGAUGGGCGAGUUUGAGGCAGAUUCCAAGGAGCUGGAAGCUGACUCGUGGAGUUUAUGUGCGGAGCAGCAGUACAUGCAGCAGCUGGACAAAGAGCUGGUGAAGAAACAGGACGUCAUCUAUGAGCUGAUGCAGACGGAGAUGCAUCACAUCCGGACGUUGCGCAUCAUGUCGGAAGUCUACAGCAAGGGCCUGCAGAAGGAGGUGCAGCUGGAGCUGCAGACGGUGGAGAAGCUGUUCCCCGUUCUAGAUGAACUCCUGGAGCUCCACACGCAGCACCUCCUGCGCCUCCUGGAGAGGAAGAGAGAGUGCCAGCUGGAGGCGGGGAGCUCGGAGGGAGGCUUCAUCAUCAACAGGAUAGGAGACAUCCUGGUCAGCCAGUUCUCAGGAUACAACGGUGAAAACAUGAAGCGGGUUUACGGCAGAUUCUGCAGCCGCCACAACGAAUCCGUGAACUUCUACAAGGACCUCCUGACCAAAGACAAACGCUUCAAGGCCUUUAUCAAAAAAAAGAUGAGUAGCAGCAUUGUGCGGAGGCUUGGUAUCCCAGAAUGCAUCUUGCUCGUGACCCAGAGGAUAACAAAAUAUCCGGUGCUAAUUCAGAGAAUCCUGCAGCACACUAAAGAAAGCGAGGAAGACCAUGACGAUCUGACGGACGCCGUUCGGCUUGUGAAGGAGGUGAUCGCAGCAGUUGAUAGCAAGGUGAACGACCACGAUAAAAGACGCCGCCUGAAGGACUUUCACGGCCGCAUGGACAGCAAGUCCAUCAUGAUGAUGAAGAAUGGUCAGAUCUUUGCCAGGGAGGAUCUGCUGAGGAGAAGGCUGAUCCACGAUGGAGUGCUGCAGCUGAAGAACUACCAGGGAAGACUAAAGGAUGUCCACGCUCUGCUACUAUCAGACGUCUUUGUCUUCCUCCAAGAAAAAGACCAGAAAUAUGUCUUUGCCAUGCUGGACCAGCGCUCCACGGUCAUCUCCCUGCAGAAGCUGAUAGUGAGGGAGGUUGCUAACGAAGAGCGCGGCCUCUUCCUCAUCACGGCAGGCAUUGAGAAGCCGGAGAUGAUGGAGGUCCUGGCCAGCUCCAAGGACGAACGCAACACCUGGAUGCAGCUCAUCCAGGAAGCCAUGCAGUCCAUGGAUAAAGAUGAGGAUGAAGGCAUUCCCAGUGAGACAGAAGAUGACAAGAGACAACUGGAGACGAAAGCCAAGGAGAUGAGAGAUAUGUUGAGGCAGAAGGACACGGAGAUCAUGUCUCUGCUGGAGGAGAAGGUGCAGCUUUUCAGGGGGAUGUGGGAGGGCUCGACCCCAGGCGAGGAGGUCUGCCGGCAGGUCCAGCCUUUCUUCAGGUCAGCCUGUAGCCUGGAGCCACCCAGGGGGGCGUCUAUCAUGAAGGAUGCCCUGCAGGAAGUGGAGACGUUACAGGGGCUGGUGAACGGCAGCCUGGGCGGGGCGAUGGCCAGCAUCCAGGAGGGAGGAGGAGGAGGAGGAGGCGCGGGGCCAGUGUGUUUGCCCCGUCGGGCCGAGACCUUCGGAGGCUUCGACAGCCACCAGAUGCACAGCAGUAAGAGUGGAGACGGCGAUGAGAGCGAGGAUACGGCGGGAGAUCUGCGCAGGACGGAAUCCGACAGCGUUUUAAAGAAGGGAGGAAACGCCAACCUGCUGCUGCUGCUGAAAAGGAACAGUGAGGUCCUCCACAGUGUCUCCAAUCUGCAUCUCCUGCUCAGCACUCUGCAGGCGGUGGUGGUGCAACAGGACAGUUUCAUAGAGGACCAGCGGCAGGCCCUGAGCGAGCGCUCCUCCUCCUGCACGUCUUUAUCGCGGGCGUCCUCACGGCCCAGCUCGCUGAUUGAACAGGAGAAGCAGCGCAGCCUGGAGAAGCAGCGACAGGAGCUGGCAUCCCUGCAGAGACAGCAGGCAGCUCAUGCUGAGGAGAAGAGGAGAAGGGAGAAGGAGUGGGACACGAGGGAACAGCAGCUGACUGAAAGGGAGGGGCUGGUGCACAUGCAGCAGGAGGAGGAGGUCCUGAAGCAGCAAACGGAGCUGGAGGAGGAGAAGCAGAGGCUGCAGAGUAAGAAGGAGGCGUACCAGAAAGACCUGGAGCGGCUGAGAGACGCCCAGAGGAAGCUGGAGAGGGACCGAGAGGCUGUGCAGCGCCAGUACGACAAGAUGGAGGAGCUCCGCCUGUCUGAGAGGACUCCCUCUACAACUUCUGAUGAAUCCCAGUUCCCCAGCAGCUCCCAGUCUCUGGAGCUGGACCCACUGGAGUUGUCCUCCCCCUCCCUGCUGAAGCUGCAGUCCCAGCGGUCUAGGCCCAAAGGGAAAGGCCUGAAUCCCUUUACCUCAUCCUCCAGCAACCUCAAAGACAGCGACGCCAACAACCAGAUCUCAAAGAGCCUGCUGCAACUGGCCAAGAACAAGAGCAAAGAGGAGAAGCAGAAGGAGAAGAAGAAGAAGAAGGGCAAAGGGGGGAGCACACUGACAGCAGACCCCCAGCACCUCCCUGAGCCUCCUCUGGAAGGAGAGAUCUUCUUCUGCUGAGAGAAGUGGCUCUCCUCCUCAUCAUCAUCAUCAUCAUCAUCAUCAUCAUCUUCAUCUUCAUCAUCAACCCAUUACAGCCAUUCCAGAGGAAUGUGUUGCUGCCAAGCAGUAAUACAUUCACCUGCUUACAUAAUACUGCAGUUUACUGCCAGGCUUUUUGGCACCUUUUUGAAUCCCCUGGAAAAUACUUUAUUUCCGUAUCAUGACGAAGAUCAAUUUAACAUUACAUGCAAUACAAAGACAAAAAAUAUAUUUUCUUUUACUUUAAAAUCCUAUGCUUCUAGUUUCUGGAAAGUACAAACAUUUUAGGGAUUUUGUUAUGGUGUGCAAGUUGGCAUACAUUUGCACUUGCAGUACAUAAAAAUAGGCAACAUGGAAUAGCAGUACAUUUUUUGCGGUAUUCUGUUCCUUUUUUUCUUUCCAAAGACACCAUGGUUACAUGACAGUAGAUUAAUUUCUUCAUUUUGAUUAUCAAAUUGAAAGCAUUUCACAGUAGGCUGCCUCACACGCUCUGCCAAGUAUGUCACAGGCACCACUGCCUUUUUGUUUGUGUGUUGUUUUAUGGUCCCAACUUUUCAACAGUCCAUUCUGGUAUUAAGUUCCACACCAACAAGCUGUUAUAUUAUUUAUGGAAGCUAAAAGUCCAGUGUUUCAUUCAGAAAUGCUACUGUAUAGAUCCACAUUGAAAGAAAAUUUCAGCUGAGCAUUCCUUUACUCACUAUCUGAGAAGCAAAUGUGGUUACGUCCACUAAUUUUGUCUCCGGUUGGUAAGCAAAAUUGAAUUGAAAUACUAUCAGUAAUCCUCUUUAAAGAUGUUAUGCCAUCAAUCUUGUUCCUUGGCUAGGUUUUAAUUUAUUUGAAUAAUGGAUAUCUCCAUUUUGGAGUGACACUCUUCAGAUGUGUGUCUCUUUUCCCAGACUCAACAUUACAUUUACAUUACAUUACAUUAACAGUAAUGAACGGAUUGAGACACAUCUUCCAAAGUCUAAUGGCUCAAUUCAUAUAAUUUAGUGUGUUUUAGAGCCUCGGAUGGAUAUUAGCUUGAUCCCUGCUUUAUCUGCCUGUCAGUGGGCUUUUAUGCAGCUCUCAUCUUUCAUCUGAGCGCUGAUGAGUGGGGCUGUCCUUCGCGUUUUAAUUGCAUGUAACUCUGCAGGUAGCAUACUAAUGGCUUAUGUCUGUUAAAUAGUUCAACUUUCUCUUUCAACCUCCCUCUUUCACUUCUGAUAAUAGACUCUGUAGAUGCACACGGCUGAUGGUUUCAGGAAAUGGAGGCUGUUAAUUUAGGUAAAAAGGUGGUUAGAGGAACUGAAAAAGGACGUUAACUAAAAAGACCAAAUGAUGCUGUGUGUUCCUGUUUGGACGUCUGAUGACUAAACCUGCUCAGCAGGUACCGCCGGAGUGUCUGAUCAUUACAAAUGAAUCAACACUCAUCAGUGUUGCUGAGCACUUUUGGUAAUAAUAUGUUGAUGCUUUUUGUUAUCAGUGUGAAAUAUCAAUCAAGGAGGUCUUUGUAUUCUGUGGAGUUUUUGAAUAGAGGGCACUAAUGCUCAUGAAGAGCAACAAAUAUCCAAAGCGAGAUAAUGUGUUGAAGUACAUGAAAGAUGCUGCGGCUCCUUUUGGUUAACGUUGAAAUGGAAAUAGGGGCUUAAAUAUAACGUUUCCAAGGUGACCUGUCUGACCUGUCUUAAUUUUGAAGCCUGUGUUUUAUCCCCACUAUGCCCAGAUUGUGGGCCACACACUACCUGCUGGACAGGUAGGAAGUACAAACAGAAGAAGUUAAAAAAAAAGACCCUUUUCCGGUGAACUACAGAGCAGCACCACUGAACUGCUUUCUUGCUGCCUCUUUAAGUGCUGGUUUGAUAACUUGCCGUCUGUGUUGAGGAUUUGACUUCAUGUCCAGGCUGUUUUAUUAUAGUGUGUCUUCUAAGAGGCUUACAGGGCCAGCCUAUUAGUAGCUUCAUGUCUUUUGUUUAUGGCUUUGGUGUAAUCCUGUCAAAGAAAUGGAGAGGAGUGGUCUUUUUUUCUGUUGCUUUAGGUGUGUUUCGACCACUAGGGAGCACUGCACCUAUGACUAAAUCAGUUCGCUCCCUCACACAACAACAACCAGAAAGUAUGAAACUAUUGUUUUUAAAUGUUUUUUUUUUUUUUAACAUAUUGUCCCUGCUGUGAGAAUUUGACAUUAUUUUCUCAGCAGGUCAUUGCCGUACAGAGAUUAUGUGAUGAGCGUGGGCUCUCACACUCUGUGACAUUUUCCCCCACGGCAUUUGUAAUUGACUGCAGAAACAAAUAAGUUGUCAGAGAUUGUAAUUGGUUAUUCAGUGAAAGCAAUCAGCAGCAGCUUUAAUGUGGAAAAAGAAGAAGGUCUAACGGUUGGUUGGAGGGAGCGACCGACAAACCUCUCUCUCUGUAAAGGACAAUCAGCAGACACGAGUCUGGAAAAUGAACUCUCCCCCACCCCCACCCGCCCCUGAAGAUGAUUGGGCUGUCCGUGAGACGAGUGUGUCCAUCAGGUGAACCCUGCGCAGCCUUAAAUCUAAAGGAUAAAAUGCACUAGAGUAGAACGCAGCAUCUUCUCAGGAGAGAGAGAGGGGAGAGCUUUUAUACCUCUGCUUUAAAACAAAGGAAUGUUUAUACUAUAAAAGUAAAAAUAGAAUGGUUUCAUUCCCAACAUUGUAAAAAAGGGCAAAGACAAAUAUGUAAAUAUGAUUUAUGUAUAAAACCAAUCAAAUGUAAAAUAUUGUUUCAUUUGUGAUCUAUUGCAACAUUUUGUAAGAAUGUUUUAUUUAUGUUUUAUUCUCCCCCUUGGGGUGAGUCAUAUUUCUCUCAUAAUAAAAAAAAGUCAUAAGGGA